AUGGCCAGUCGCGUCACUAGUAGUCCGGUGCUGGUGACGGGUGCUGGGGGGUGGCUGGCGAGUCACAUCAUCUACCAGUUGUUGGAGCAGGGGUACGAGGUGAGGGGGACGGUCCGGAGUUUGGCAAGUGAGAAGUACAAGUUUUUGAAGACGUUCCACCCUUUAGCCGAUAGUCGGUUAGAGUUGGUAGAGGCGGACUUGGUAGGCACCGAAGGAUGGGAGAAGGCGGUCGCGGGUUGCGAGUAUGUGUUGCACGUGGCAUCGCCUUUCACCUUCAAGUAUAAGAACCAACAACGAGAUUUGAUCGAGCCGGCUGUCAAGGGCGUGGAGAACGUGUUUAACGCUUGCCUGCUAGAGCCGAGUGUCAAGAGGGUCGUGCAGACGAGUAGCGUCUGCAGUGUUAUGUUCGGACACCCGAUCGCGCGCUAUCAGUGCGGCGACAAGGCGGCGAUGGAGGUGGCGCGGAAGGCCUGGAACGAAGAGUGUGCCAGGACCCGAACCUUUGGCAAGAACGCGGAGGCAGGGAAGGCACCGGAGGGCGACUCGGGCGAGAUUGCUGAGCAGACCUCCACCGCAGACCCAAGCACCGAGGUGAUUGAAGGCGACCUCGACGUGGACGAGUCGAAACAGGCUGAAGACACGAAGCGCACUGACGUUGAGGAAGAGGGGAAGCGGGGUGAGACGAAACGUGUUGACGUUAAUGACCUGGGUUCUCUUUCUCCACCAGAUCGUGACGUGCGGACGCGGAAGGCGGUCCCAGACAAGUACGGGGACUGGAAGCUGAUGACUGAGGAGGACUGGAGUGUGGCCGAGUCUAUAAAGGGUUAUGAACUGAGCAAGACGUUGGCUGAGAAGCGUGCGUGGGAGUUGGUUAAGGAGCAUAACGCUAAGGGUGAGCAUCCUGUGGUGGAGUUGGUGACUAUGUGUCCGGGUUUUAUCUUCGGUCCGUUAUUUACAGAGCAGCAGGCGGCUGGAGAGUCGACUUCGCAUAUCUUACGUCUGCUGAAUCGAACCUUCCCCUUCGUGCCUGAGAUCAACAGUCCGCAUGUAGACGUUCGAGACGCCGCGACAUGCCACAUACUCGGCAUGAUUGGUGAGUCGGCGAAGGUGGCGAAUAAACGCUUCCUUGUCACUUGCGAUGACGGAAACCUCAACUUCUCCGAACAAGCCGAACUUGUGGCCCGUUACUUCAACAAGUGGGGCUUCAACGUACCCACCUGUGUUGCGCCCCGUUUCCUCCUCAGCAUCGGCCAGUACGUCUCCUCGUCCGCUGCCGCCGCGGUCGACAAGAUGGAAUGCACCACCUACUGCUGCAACAAAGAGGCCCACGAAAAUCUGGGUAUGAAGGAGUGGCGCACCACAGAGAGCGCCCUAUUCGAUCACUGCAUUUCGCUCGUUAAGUUAGGCAUUGUAAAGCAAAAGAAAGUGCCGAAGGAAAUUAUCGACAACUUCAAGGCAUACUAG